UUUAUAUAAACUACACUCCCAAAAGUAUUCACCAAUCCAUAUCCAUUCUCACCUUCCAAAUCUCCCUCUUCGCCUCUCUCCCCCCCCCCUCUCUCUCUCCCUCUAUCUUCUCUUUUCUCUCUUCGGCUUCUUCACUAAUGGGAGCUACUCAGGAGAAGCGGCGACGUUUCGAGCCGAUAUCAAAGUGCGACGUCAAGGACCGGUCGAACCAAACCGUAGCCGCUGAUCUAGACGGGACACUACUAAUCUCUCGUAGCGCCUUCCCUUACUAUUUCCUCGUGGCCCUCGAAGCAGGAAGCUUGCUCCGAGCGUUGAUCCUUCUCGCGUCCGUACCGUUCGUUUAUCUUACGUACUUGUCCGUCUCCGAGACUUUAGCCAUCAACGUCUUCGUCUUCAUCACCUUCGCGGGUCUCAAGAUCCGAGACGUUGAGCUAGUAGUCCGUUCGGUCCUUCCUAGGUUCUACGCGGAGGACGUGAGGCCCGACACGUGGCGUGUCUUCAACACGUUCGGGAAACGGUACAUAGUAACGGCAAGUCCUCGGAUCAUGGUCGAGCCGUUCGUGAAAACAUACCUAGGAGUCGAUAAAGUUCUUGGAACAGAGCUAGAGGUAUCAAAAUCGGGUCGGGCCACCGGGUUCGCAAGGAAACCCGGUGUUCUCGUAAGUGAACACAAACGUGACGCCGUGUUGAGAGAGUUUGGUAGCCUUGCGUCUGAUUUACCUGAUUUGGGGCUCGGCGAUAGCAAGACGGACCACGACUUCAUGUCCAUAUGCAAGGAAGGUUACAUGGUGCCACGUACGAAAUGCGAACCAUUACCUAGACACAAGCUCUUAAGCCCCAUAAUAUUCCACGAGGGCAGAUUAGUCCAACGACCGACGCCGUUAGUUGCUCUGUUAACUCUCCUAUGGCUUCCGGUAGGUUUCUUCGUCUCCCUCGUCCGUGUCUACACGAAUAUUCCGUUACCUGAACGCAUCGCCCGUUACAACUACAAACUCACUGGCAUCAACCUAGUCGUCAAAGGCCACCCUCCUCCACCGCCAAAACCCGGCCAACCAGGCCACCUCUUGGUCUGCAACCACCGCACCGUCCUCGACCCGGUGGUGACAGCUGUCGCGCUCGGUCGGAAAAUCAGCUGCGUCACUUACAGCAUCAGCAAGUUCUCUGAGCUAAUCUCACCAAUCAAAACAGUUGCGUUGACUCGUCAACGUGAGAAAGAUGCAGCUAACAUCAAGCGUCUAUUAGAGGAAGGUGAUCUCGUGAUAUGUCCUGAGGGAACAACAUGCCGUGAGCCUUUCCUUCUCCGGUUCAGUGCUCUCUUCGCUGAGCUCACGGACCGGAUCGUUCCCGUGGCGAUCAACACGAAGCAGAGCAUGUUCAAUGGUACAACCACACGUGGCUACAAGCUUCUUGAUCCUUACUUCGCGUUCAUGAACCCGAGGCCGACGUUUGAGAUCACGUUCCUUAAACAGAUUCCGGCUGAGCUGACUUGUAAAGGAGGCAAAUCGCCGAUAGAGGUGGCGAAUUACAUACAAAGGGUUUUGGGAGGAACCUUAGGUUUUGAGUGCACCAAUUUCACAAGAAAGGAUAAGUACGCAAUGCUCGCUGGUACCGACGGUAGGGUUCCGGUGAAGAAGGAGAAAACGUGAUUAUUGAUCGAAGGAUGGAGAAAACGAAUUGAAGAAAUAAUACAAAGAUGUGAAUCUUUUUUUCAUUUGGAUGGUUAAUUAUUAUUAUUUCAAGGGGCAAAGAAUUGAUAAGUUUGUUUUUUGUUGUUUCUUUAAAUAUCUUCUUCUCUACUUCGAUGAAUGUUUCUUCAAGUUUUACUUUUAGUACAAUAACGGUUUACGAAAAGAAAGAAGAAGAAAAACUCGGUUUGGAUGUGUGGUUGUAUAUAAUAUUCGUUAGGAAAUUAACGACGUGUAUACAUUACGUUUCUUAUAAAGCAGUUUAGUGGAGAAAUUUUCUUGUAA